AUGGAUUGUGUCAAAACCUUUAGCAAAUGGAUUUACUCGUUCAACAAUCAGGCAGUGAUGUGGGCAGAGCCCGAUGUAGCAGGAUUCCUGGACAAGCGAGGAGGCACAUUUACAUCCUGGAAAUCACGAUUUUUCAUAUUGCAGGGAUCGACUCUUUUCUACUUCCCCAACCCUUACAAUAUACAAAGUCCACUUGGUGUGCUUCCCAUGGAGGGAUCCGGCUUGGAAGCCGCCGGUAUUGAAGAAGGAGGUCCACAGCGCAAGUGGUGCUUCAGGAUAAAAUUGGGAGCCCAGUUUGGUAUGGCUAAAAGAUCCACUUAUGUCUUUGCAGCUCCAUCCAAACAAGCUCAGGAAGAGUGGUUGGACAAUCUGAAGUAUGCAGCCAGUACAAGAGCCGAUCUCAUUGCUUCCCUCCACAAAUCAAGGAGGGUGGGUGCUGCUCUGCGCUUCCGGCUCUCUAGGUCUCCUGCAAACUUGAAAAUUAUUGCAGAGUCUAAAAGAGGCCAUGAGGGAUACGUUCUCCAGACAGAGAUGGAGAAAUUAAGAGCAAAUUUGGUGACCUUUAGCAAGCAAGCGUCGGAGACAAGAUCUGAAGUUGAGCUGGCCGAAGCAGAGGUCAUGCGUGCUCUUGCUGCUUGGGAUGUAUUUGCGCAUCAUCUUCAUGAUAAAAGUAUGUGGGAUUAUAGAGACAAACUUCAAAAUGAGCUAAAUCUGUCCAAAGAGCUAAAUCAGCUGCUCGCAUCCAAGGCUGAUUUUAUGGAAGGCCAUAAACUUGACCUUCUCGACGAAGACGCAAGAACUGAACUCCGCAACAUUUGUGAAAGGGCAUUAACAAAGAUUCAAGAACAUCAAGCUAAGAUUCGUGUCAAGGCACCAAGGUAUACGACAGAAGUAAACCCGCACAUCUUUCCAGAGAACGAUGAGCAGUUCAAGCAUACAUCAGAUAUCUUCAUAAUCUGUUCGAAGGUAACAGCAAACAAGAAGCUGUUGGCUUUGCAGAGAAGAGCAGCCAAUGAUAAUCGAGUCGAGGCAAGGUCAGGAUGGUUGGUAUCAAAGGUGGGCACUGUGAAGUCUGUAUCUAGAGACACAGCAAAGUCUGCUGUACAGAAUGUAGCAGCAGAAUUCAACAAAGACAUGUCCACCCUAAGUAAAUUUAUCGAUACGGAGGUGUCAACAGUCAAUAAGUUUGUUGGCAAGGAAGUGCUAGCUGUCAGCAAGUUCAUGGAGAAGAGCAAGGCCAAAGGUACAGCUGCAACGGCCAUGGCAAAAGGCAAGGCCCUUACAAUAGCAGCCGGUUUAAAAGAGGACAUCAAAACUUUGAACAAGUCUUGGAGUAAAGAGAUGUUGUCUUUCAACAAUUUCAUCGAUAAGGGCAAGGAAUCAGCCAAGGCGAAAGGCAAAGCGAUCCAUCGAGGUGGAGAGGCCAUACUUAAAGGAGGAGUCUUCAAAGCAGGAAUAAAAAGAGCUGUUGCAUCAUUAGGAUGGACAGCGUUAAACAGGAUGAAACUACAAGGAUCGAUGUUUAGCGGAAAUCUUCUCACGUCGGGUAAAUCACGCCCUGGAAGUGCUGAUCCUUCACCUUCGAGGCGAAAUUUCUGGAAAAAGCGACCAGGAAGUUCUAGCUCAUUGACAUCGGGUGGAAGAUCACGUCCUAGAUUAAUAAGUAAACCUCAGAAAUUUCAACGUGAGUACGGUACGAGUGGAUUUGUCUCAGAUGAGGGAGAACCAGGUGCGGUGUUUGCUGUUGGGGAUGCAGACGCAGGUCAGGAGGCAGUUGGAUUCGUCUCACAUGAUGGAAGAACGAGUGCGAUGUUUUUCGAUGAGGCGGAGGAUAGAGGCCCCCAACUUCGAAGGCAACCUUCAGUGCUAGAAGGUGUACUUGCUAAGCAUUCGAACAUUUUGAGUACCGUUCCUGGAUUCCGUCGAGGGUCUUUGAGUCAGCUUUCCCAGAAUGACUUUGAUAAUUCUCCGUAAGAAACACGAUGAAAGAAGUCUCCUGCAAACUCUGAGCCACAACAGAACGUUUGACGGAAGUAACGGAUGAUAAAAAGCUUUUGAACGCCACUAGAAACUGAUAUCCUGUCGUUUUUGUACAGACAGUUUACUUUUGGAUAGAUAUUUAAAAUACUUUAUCGCAGUUUCGAUGGCCCUCGACGAAUCCGUAUUGUUCUAUAAUAAGUCAUCACCUCCUACGGCAACUCUUAGCCAGAACCGAUUUUUCUCCCC